GGAAAAAGUCAGCUCUACAAAAUUUCUGUAUAGCUGAUAAUCAAUUUCUGGUCCUUGAAAAAAUCGGGGAGUUUUGGCUUAAAAUCUAUCUAUUGAGUGCUAGAUUUCUGCCGUUUUGAGGUGGCCUUCGAGAAAAUUAACCACCGCGUGUAGUUACAAGAACAUCGAAGAAUGAUUCGCUUCAUCUUGAUCCAGAACCGUGCUGGGAAGACCCGGCUGGCCAAGUGGUAUAUGAACUUCGAUGACGACGAAAAGCAGAAGCUCAUCGAAGAGGUGCACGCCGUUGUGACGGUACGCGAUGCCAAGCACACCAACUUUGUCGAGUUCCGGAACUUCAAGAUUGUCUACCGGAGGUACGCCGGGCUGUACUUUUGCAUCUGCGUGGACGUGAACGACAACAAUCUGUGCUACCUGGAGGCGAUACACAACUUCGUCGAGGUGCUGAACGAAUACUUCCACAAUGUGUGCGAGCUGGAUUUGGUGUUCAACUUCUACAAGGUCUACACGGUGGUGGACGAAAUGUUCCUGGCCGGAGAAAUCCGGGAGACGUCCCAAACCAAAGUGCUGAAACAGCUGCUGACGCUCAACUCGCUCGAGUAGGAUGGGCCGAUCCUACGCAAAACGGAUAGGGAUUAUCAUUUUGUUCUGUUUGUUCGAAAGCAGUCACUAAUGCUUUAAAUUUUGUUUUAUCGAAACUGUUUAAUCCUCUAUUAUGCAAUAUUAUUCUAUCGGCUAAUCGACUGGAACUGGAUGCAGGAGUAUCCGCUUACUUUCUAAGAG